UUUGGCCAAUCUCAUUGGCUAUAUUGCUUUCUCUUCUCAGCCCUAAGAUUAACAAAACUAAAAUAAAAAAAACCAUACAAAUACAUGAGUUUGUCACUAACAGUUUGAACUUAGAACCCCAGUCUAACAUCCAGAGACUGGUGGCUGUUCUAUAUAAGCAUUUUCCAAAUCUUUUCCACUAGAAAUGGAAAACUUGAAAGCCCCUUUUAAGGGUAUUGCAAAUGAUGUUAAAGGAAGAGCAGGUUGCUAUAAACAAGAUUGGAUUACUGGUCUUCGUUCAGGACUGGGGAUAUUAGCCCCAACUACCUAUAUCUUCUUUGCUUCUGCUCUCCCCGUUAUCGCCUUCGGCGAGCAACUGAGCCGAGAUACAGAUGGGAGCCUAAGCACGGUUGAAACGUUGGCAUCGACUGCCCUUUGCGGUAUUCUACACUCAAUAUUCGGUGGCCAACCACUUUUGAUUCUUGGAGUUGCAGAGCCAACUGUUAUCAUGUAUACAUAUUUGUAUAACUUUGCAAAAGGAAGAGACGAAUUGGGGCAGGAACUAUACUUGGCUUGGGUCGGAUGGGUUUGUGUUUGGACUGCUCUCUUGUUGUUUCUGCUUGCAGUAUUCAAUGCUUGCACGGUAAUUAAUCGGUUCACAAGGAUUGCAGGCGAGCUUUUUGGCAUGUUGAUCAGUGUUCUGUUUAUUCAAGAGGCUAUCAAGGGAGUUGUGAGUGAAUUUCAAGUUCCCGAACAUCAAGACGCGAAGUUAGAGAAGUAUCAAUUUCAAUGGCUUUACACAAAUGGAUUGUUGGGAAUCAUAUUCUCGCUUGGCCUUCUCUAUACUGCCUUGAAAAGUCGACGGGCGAGGUCAUGGUGGUAUGGCACAGGGUGGUUUAGAAGCUUCAUUGCAGAUUAUGGGGUACCUUUAAUGGUUGUAGUGUGGACAGCAAUGUCAUUUAGUGUACCAAGCAAAGUUCCUUCUGGGGUUCCAAGAAGGCUUUUUAGUCCUCUGCCAUGGGAAUCUGCAUCAACACAACAUUGGACCGUAAUUAAGGAUAUGGGAAGGGUCCCUUCAUUGUACAUCUUUGCUGCAUUUAUUCCAGCUGUGAUGAUUGCGGGACUUUACUUUUUCGACCACAGCGUUGCUUCACAAAUGGCACAACAAAAGGAAUUCAAUCUCAAAAAUCCAUCUGCAUAUCAUUAUGACAUCUUGCUGCUUGGAUUCAUGACUUUACUUUGUGGACUAAUCGGCCUCCCUCCUUCGAAUGGAGUCCUACCACAGUCUCCUAUGCAUACUAAGAGCCUUGCAGUUCUCAAAGGGCAGAUCAUCCGACGAAAAAUGGUGGAGAGUGCGAAAGAAAGCAUAAAGCAGAAAGCUAGUGAAUCCGAAAUAUACGGCAAGAUGCAAGCGGUCUUCAUUGAAAUGGACAGGAGUCCAGAAACUGCAGUUGUUAAAGAGUUAGAAGACUUGAAGAAGGUUGUUAUGAAAGGUGAAAAUGAAGGAGAAAUCAAAAAGGAAACAUUUGAUCCCGAAAAGCAUAUCGAUGCCUACUUGCCGGUUCGAGUUAACGAACAGAGAGUGAGCAAUCUUUUGCAGUCACUCCUAGUUGCUGCAUCAGUAUGCGCUAUGCCUGCAAUCAAGUUGAUACCUACAUCUGUUCUUUGGGGAUAUUUUGCAUACAUGGCCAUUGAUAGUCUUCCCGGCAAUCAGUUCUGGGAAAGGAUGUUACUUCUCUUCAUCACACCUACUCGGCGAUACAAGGUGUUGGAACAUGUUCAUGCUUCAUUCGUGGAGUCGGUACCGUACCGAUUUAUGGCGAUGUUUACACUCUUCCAGUUCAUAUAUCUCCUCAUAUGCUUUGGUGUAACAUGGAUUCCUAUAGCUGGAAUCUUGUUCCCAUUGCCCUUCUUCCUUCUCAUCAUCAUAAGGCAAUACAUUCUCCCAAAUCUCAUUCUCCCAAAUUAUCUCCGUGAACUCGAUGCCGCCGAAUACGAGGAGCUUACCGGUGCCUUCCCAAGAACAUCCCUCAGCUUCUCUUCAAGGGAAAUGGAUAUAUCUCGUCUUGAGAAUGAGGCUGAUGCAGUUGAAAGGUUUGAUGCUGAGUUAUUAGAUGAGUUGACAACAAGUAGAGGAGAGUUAAAGCUCCGAACUGUUAGCUUCAGUGAGGAGCGGAAGGGCCAGGUUUAUCCAAAGGAUAUUGUUGAGGAAGAAUGAGAUUGAGAGAUAAAGUUGAAAAACAUGAACAUCAUAUAGGCUUCUUAGAUGUUUUCCUUUUUUUUUUUCUCUUCUUUUUUUUUUCCCCUUUUUUCCUCCAUGGUUGAAUCUGAAAAAUUCCACUUAGCCCUUCCAUAUAUGUCAAAUGCAAAUAUAUUUCUAUGUAAACUACAAAAACAUGCAUGUAGUGUGUUUUUUUCUACCUUCAACACGCAAAUCUAUUUCCAUGUAAA